ACGAUACGGAGCUGGAGGAGAUGGCGCGGCGCGUCGUCGAGCACGUGCGGGCGAAGCGGACCAUCUACAACUUCCGCCAGCCCGUGGAGGCCAGCCAGUCGGAGCAGGCGGAGGAGGCACCCGGAACCGGCUCGUCCGCGGAGGACGAGGCGGCCAGGCAGCAGGAGGCGGAGGCGCUGCGCCUCCAGCGCAAGGAGCAGGAGGAGAAGUUGGAGGCGCUCCGGCGCGAGGAGCACCAGCGGCUCGAGAGGCAUUCGGAGCCGCUGCGCCAGUACCUCACCGGCCUCGUGGUGCCCACGCUCACCAGCGGGCUGAUCGACCUCUGCCGCGAGCAGCCGGAGGACCCCGUCGGCUAUCUCGCAGAGUACUUGUCGGUCUACGCCCAGGUGGCCAAGACCCACGGCAAGAGGGGACUCGCUCCUGGGUUGGCUUGAGCAUCCGCGCCGGCCUGAGACCGCUUGUCUGGCAUCGCGCUGCGCCACCUUGGCCGUGCCCCCCUCUUCUCGCUGCUCGUCUUCGCUUGCGCCAGCC